AUGCCGCCAGCGCUCUAUCUGACCUCCUGCAGAAUCAACGUCGAAUUCUUUCCGUAUGACGAGCAAGAAUGCUCUAUGCGGUUUGGCUCCUGGACAUACGACGGCAGCAAAGGUAUGUCUAUACUGCCUUCAAGCAACCAAUCGGCUCGUAAAAUAGAGGCGUAUGUACUUUACGCAUUCAAUUUCGGCAAGCUUUUGAACCCAAUGUCAAAACUUGGAGGACGCAAUCUACCCUACUAAAUGUCUUUUGCUGAUUUAAUUUAUCUUGAUACGGGAUCUGAUACAUAUCAACAUGGGUAAGAUGUGGCUAUGCAGCCGCACCUCAAGGGCGCAAUACUGUCAGGGGUCAGGGUUAGGCAUAAGGGUUAGGGGGUGGAGUUUAAGGGUUAGGGUAAGCGUUUAUGGUUAGAGAUUAGGGCAACUAUUUCUCAAUCACUCAAAUAACAACCGCGCGUUCUCAAUGGCUUUUCUUCUGCAUUCAGUUACUUGACUUCGUCGCCUGUGCGUUCCCCGGCCCAACCUGUAAAAACCCCUAUUUCCAGCGAUUCCGCUUUACAGGUGGCUGGAGGUUGUUUACCUCAGGUACGGCUGCAUAAUUACACCUGUCCAUCACAUAUAUGCCUCGAUCCAUAAGUUUCACCUAUGAUGAAAUAGCACAUGCUUAUUCUGAUAUUAGUUUGCAAGCUAAAUCCAGUGGCGGUGGUCUUUUCUCAGACAUAUACCAUAGUUUUCCCUUGUCUCUACAAGUAACGUCCGCCCAUUACAUGCAGUCAUGCACUUGACAUUUUUCUUACUUUUGUAAGUAUUGUCAUAAUCUACCAUCCCAGGUUUACGUCUGUCUUGCAUUUUGUGAUUUACUUGCAAAACAUGGCUAGAAACACUGCUCGGGCCCUCUGGGUGGACAGAAUUGAGUUACUUUUCUGUUUCAAAGCUACCUCAGAUUUGUGCACAAAAUAGACAAGCUGAGCUAUAUCCAAGAAAGUAAUAGUCCCGCAGUAUUUCGUGUUAUUAUUUAAAAGUCAGUACAUUUUCCGUCAUUCCUUGUAGUCACGAGAACAUAGGGAAACAUUUGGCUACUUACUCAGGAUACAAUCUAACCGAUCAAACAGCGGAGAUCUCAGUUUUGCAUGGUUCAUAGUUGGUGAAGUAUUACUGUUUAGCAUCCUUAGGAAUGUGCCGAAGACGAGAAGGCGGCCUUUAUCAUAUAUGACCGUCAAAAUAGCGUAGACCACCCAUAGUGUACCGCACAAUAUGCUGGCACUAGUCUUGUAAGUAGGUAUUUUACAGUCCAUAUUAGUGAUGACAGGUAAAUGAAACAGGAUGAAACAAGUCUGCUUCGUAAUGACUCACUGAAGCCCUUCUCUUCAAAUCAGAGUCGUCCUUUCUUUAGGAAGACGUGACAGUCCGUUUAGGGUGAUGAAUGGCAUAACGAUGGUGCUGUUGAUUUUGUUUUUGAUGAUAAUGACAACGCGACCGCUAAUGCGAAUGGCUGCUUGAACGGUAUUUCCUACUUGAUGGCUUAUGGAGAUAGUCAAGUACAUGCAUUUGUCCCUUUCCGCAGUAGCAUAUUAGGGUUAGAACCGGCAGAUCUUCUGACUUGGCUGUAAACUGCCCCCAUAAUCUCCUGUUUCCUGCCAACUUCGUGGCGACAGCCCCACAAACACCGCCUGGAGUCUGAAAGGACAAUAACCAGGGCGAUGUUAGUGAAAAGAAGAGCUGGGUAGAUUGCUGGAAGUACGAACACGUGCAGUUUUUUUGCUUUUAGGCAAGAAAUAUGGAUGACAGGAGGGUGGAGCAUUUACAGCACAUGAGCUACUUUCAAUAACGUCUGCACGAACGAACAACAAAAAAGCAUCAGGGCUGCCAUUUCCGCUUGCCCUUGUCUUCGUCAGACACAUAGAUCCAUUAGCAAAAAUUGAGAGGCCUAAUGAGCAGUAUUGUGUACCUACCAGUGAAAGUAGUUUCAAGAUGCUUUUCGCGUAAAGUAGUCCUAAUGGGAUUUCAGACAGUGGACCGUUUGAGUAUCCCAACUUCUGAACGAAACGCUUCUCCAGAGGCAGAAUAUGCUUCGGAGUUUCAUUCUCGAUCACCAUGGUGCAGCUGCUUCGAAUGCAUUUAGCUAUAUUUAUCUGUAAGCUAUCUUGCGUCCACUUCGUAAAGAACACGUUUACCAGUGAACAAGGACGGCUAACAAAGUCGUAGGUGUUCAUGUUACCCAUCUCUGCCUACUUUACCGUUAGCGGCCAGUUUAAAUCAAUCCCAGGUCAUGUGACCUGACAUAUGAAUCCUCGGAAAAUUAGUCGUCGGAUAUUUUCAGUCGGACGCCUUAGAAUUCGAGCCGCCGACUAAUACCCUUUCGGCUGCUGAUAUUUCGAAGAAUUGCCGUUUGGCGUUAGGAAACUGCUCACCCGAAAAUAAAUUGACCACGCACCUUUUCCUAGUAAGUUCGUGCUUUGUAAGCAGAUUUACGCAAACUAAGUCAGGUACAGUUGACAGAUAAGGCGGGCGAGAUUACGAUGGAUGAUUUCAUUCAAUUUUUGGUACGACGUCUCAUUACUUGCUAUUUUCGAUACGGAAACUAUCCUCCCAACGGCGGCAGCUAACUCCUAACUGGCAGACAAUUUGUCUUGCUUGUCGCACUUGGAGCAGAUCUUUUAAUGACACUGAGAAGUCUACGGCCUAUCAACGACUGUGACUAUGCAGUCAGGGCCAUUCCUUUGCGUCUAUCGAACUAAGAUCAGCAGGUGAUCAUGACCCGGAUUUUUCGGGUGAGGGUUUUGGUUGAUCCUUGUAACUUUUAAAAAAUCUUAACGGUAACCAUGCUUUUACAACAUUUUCGUCAUCAGUCCAAUUUCCGGCAAAGCCAAAUUUUACUAGGCUCGCAGCCGAGUCAGUCUAAAGCCAAGUUCCCAAUAAUUAAGCUAAUAUGAACAAAAAUAUGGGGUUUUACAAUCUGAAUAAGCGGACAAAGCCUACAACUGUUGAUUACUCACCUCUUUUGGUCGAAAAUUGCAUCACUCGUCUCAAAAUAUUUUGGUCGAAAAUGAAAACUGAAUCCUUUUCGUGGCUCCUGUAGCAAAGUUCAUCUUAAUCAGUCCAAACUGGAUGCUUGAAGAAAGUCCUUUACAACUAGUACAGCCAUUACCUUGAAAAUGUCAGUCAUUGAAUUCUUUAGUGCGUUACUCAUUCCGCAUACACAAACUAACUCAAUCUUCAAUUAGUUGAACUUCGUCAUCAUCUGCAAAAGUACGUGCCGGAAAUGACGCGUCCCAUCUACAUUGACUAUGCUGCCGACCUCUACGAAUUCAACAGUACCAUCGAGUUCGAGGUCCUCUCUAUGAGUGCCAAAUGCCAAGAACGUUACUACAAGUACUCGCACCACGCCUAUCCCGAAGUGACCUUCUACUUGCGCAUGCGAAGACGCACCAUCUUCUACACUUUCAACCUCAUGAUGCCAUGUGUUGCCAUCACAGCCCUCAUGCUGCUCACCUUCUACCUGCCACCUGAGAGCAGGGAGAAAAUCUCCCUCUCCAUCAACGUCUUCAUAUCCCUCACCCUCUUCUUUCUCCUCAUCUCGGAAACAAUCCCACCUACCAGCCUGGCGGUACCAUUACUCGGCAAAUAUCUACUCUUUACCAUCAUUCUCAUCACCUCUUCCAUCGUAUCUACAGUCUUGGUUCUCAGCCUGCACUUUCGAUCCGCUAAGACGCAUGUCAUCUCGACCUUCACAAAGACAGUCUUCUUGGAGUUUUUACCCAGACUGAUGCGGCUCAAUCCGCCAAGAAGUGGAGUCCAUGGAAACAAGGUAUGUUCGGACCGUCGGUGCUAAAUCCUGUAGGAUUUUACCUCAUUGUGAUCAAAAUAUAAGGUGAUGGCAUAAAUCGAGGCCACAAAGAAGCAGCACAGCAGUUCUGAACUCUAAAAGAGGAAGAGAGAGGUCCGGUUUGAUUCUCUUUCUUGGCAGCGGCCUUUAAGCUAAACCGAGAUCGGUUUAUCGCCGACUACAGAUUGCAUUCUGUUGAGCAGCAUAGAUGGGCUUCAGAAAGGUAUGCUGCAUCUGGGGACGAAAAACGUUGGUGCAUACAUCGAUUUCCUCCAAAUACACAUCAGCUUGUAUUAUUCAAAUACGAAUUGCGCCAACUUUGUAAUUACUACAAUCCAGCAGGGCAUGUGCUCACGCGUGUGCGGAUCUUAUGUCGAUUUAGAGCAGAGCUGGAUCAGAAGAAGGAUAGGGAAUGUAUGUCAAGCCAGCAGCUGUUUCAGAUCGGAUUUAAAGGUUAACCGCGUUGGAUGUAGUCGGAGGACUUGAGGCCCCUUUUCUUCAAAAAUCAAGCACAUAUUGCAUAGACUAGCACACAUUGCUCAUUUGCUUUGCUUUAUUAUUUCUGUAAACAGCACUGUGAGGCCACAUCCGCACAGUCUAAACAAAUACUACCAGUAAUUUUAAAAUUUUCUUCACCGUCGAGGUGUACAAUCCCACAGGGAUAUCAUUCAUCCAUUAAAUGUUUGUCUAGGCACUAUACUUCUUGUUUGAUAGUCUGCGCAGCUCACCUAGCGAUCGCCUUUAAGCCAGCCUACACCAUGUGCGGCCACUUAUUGCAUAUGAUAGCGGAAUUCCUGCCCUCCAGAUCGACUUUCGACAUUUCACCUUUUUGCAUAAGAUAGUGUUCUUACCCAAAUUUAAUAAUCUUGUUUUUGCAGAGGCUUAAAGAUACCGACCUUAACAUGCUGGUAGGAACAAUUUGUUGCUUUGGCAAAGCCACAUUUUUUUCGAAGCAUGUCUGGCGUUACUUAAAGGACACCGAAAUAUAAAUAACCUAUUCUUGGAGAAUUCGGUGACGUGGAGACUUCUCAUACCUUCACCAAUUCGUAUAUAAAUUCUCUUUCUGGAGAGAUAAGUUACCAAUUGAAGACCUUCAGUUGAAAAUUCCUGGCGAAGGGCUAUGAACAAAGCUCCUUGCUGAUUUAAUAGUGAAAUAAGUAUACGUCUUACGGCCGGCAACCGCAAGCCCCCUUUCCCUCUUCACCGGCAACCGGGUCUCUCCACUCUAGUGAUCACAGAAUUAAUUAAAUUUUCAAACCAUUCGAAGUGGUCAGGGGUUGAUCAAAUAGAAUGCAUUCAGGCGUAAGUUAGCGCAGACAACCUGCUCUGGCAAGAGACUAAAACCUCGUCGGUAAUACCUGAAGGCUUGAUAACGAGAGUCCAGUUUGAGCUCUGAAACUGCCUUGCUUUGUCUGCUUUCUUCGUGUCUCCUUCCCUUAUCUCUCGUCCAAAUUCUUUUUUUAUAAGCCAUCUUCUCUUUCCGCUCUUCUUUUUUCAUUUUACUCUCGUAUCCCUUCCGUUUGUUCUCUAGUCCUUUUUUUUCUUCUCUUUUCUAAAAAGUGGAUGACCAAUCUUAAAAAUGCAAAAACUCGCUAUGCCGGUUUUAGUUUCAAUUUUGUUUAAGUGCUCUUGAUACACGAGACGCAGUAUCUGAUACCCUUCUUGAUAUCUACACUAGCCCAAUAGAACUGGUUUGCGAUGAAUUGUGCCGUGUGAGAGCGAUGGCGUUACUAUUAGUCUCAGGCGAUUGCUAUUGUUUUGGUCGAUAAGAAUGGAAGCAACUUAGUGUACUUCGGAAGUAAAAAUCAAGGUAACCUUUUAAUCUUUUUUGUCAGGCCCGCUAAUUUUGUUCAUUUUUCACCGUGGAGGUUUUCUAACCUAUCCUGGGCUACCAGCUGCUGACUACAGGUUUAUUUCCCUGGGCAAUAAGGCCAAACUUCCUAUCUAGGACGCCUAUGGGAAGCAAGUCAGUAAUAAUUCCAUCGAUCUCAGCUCUAUGCAUAUUGCGUUCAACGACUUCUAAGAACAGCAAUUUCCUAAAAAUGGAAAUUUGAUAGGACAAAAAAGCAUAUUUUGUUUGACUGUGUGAAAGUUAACUAUGUCAUCACCGGACCCUGAAUCGCAGUAAAUAAUAGUGCCUGUCAGCUCCCAAUUACGGCUUCCAGAUAACCACGAGUGGAACUUGCUUCUUCCGACUCCUUCAGCGCUUAAGGAUGAACCUUGAUAUAAAGUGGAACAGGUUUGCUUCACUAUAUUACCAUACAUAAUUUCAACAGUUUGACGGUCGUUUAAGACGAACUCCACAGCAGAGUGGGAACAGAGACAGUGAUUUAUGCGCCAAUCCGCUUCUACUGAUAGCUGAAUUGCGCUGCAUCAACCGCACUCCCUCCUCCCCUCCUACCUGGGCCGCGAGUUAUGACAGUUAUGAGGAUCAGUGGCGGGAGAGGGCGCAACUGCCUGUCACGGCGAAAACCGCAUCUUAGCGUACCACAACGACCCCUGGUCUAUCGCGUACAACUGACUGGGAUUGUACACAUCAAUAAAAGGGGAGGGCCGCUCGGAUCCCAACUGAGUGGAAGUGCCAAUAACGGUACAUUAAGAAGGAGCCAUUACAGUCUGACUCUCCGUUCUCCGAGGCUGACUGAGUUAUCCCGUCAGUUUGAGCGCACCGUAAUAGAUUUAAGGACGUCUUGUCGUUUAUAGUGAGGAAAGUUGGAGUUUUGAUCACGGAAGCCGCAACCUCAGAUUAUUACUUCUUGUCGUCAAUACCAACAGUUUAUUUUGUCAGAGUUCAUGUAGUCCACAAGUUAUUCCAUGGACCAUUCAUUCCUGCUUAAUUACCUCAAGUAAAUCCAGCCGAAAUACUAAGUCGUAGACGCUGUUGUGAGCUAGUGCAAAGAGCAUACUCACAGUAUCUAACACUCGUUAAAAAGACGAGGUGGCGAGCAUACGUAGCUUUCGAUAAAUUCUCGUCGGGCCAGUACAGUUUAAGGAGUUUAAGGAGUACUUUUAUCGACUUCUCUUAUCGCUUGCAUGUUUUACUUCUACCCCGUUCCUAUAUAACUGUACUGGCCCGACGAGAAUUUAUCGAAAGCUACGUAUGCUCGCCACCUCGUCUUCUGAUUACUGCUAUGGGAAUUUUCGCAACUCGUUAAAACCUUGUACCGGAACGUUAUGGCCAACGUAAACACGCAGCGAUGAGUAAAUGCAUGCAAUCGUUUCCAACCGUGCAUUCAGGCUGAAGGAAGUUUUACUGGCUAAAGCUUUGCGAUGUCCUUGUAAGAGCAUGUUUUCUAAUUUGCGUGAAAACGCACUCCAUUUCCUGCCAAAUCUUUAAUAGUUUUUUCAACGUUAAAUUGUGUCCUUAAUCAACCUCAGCAUCUCUCAUCUUCUGGCCUCCAAUUGGCAAUUAUGGUUUCAUAGAUGUGUUGACCCAUCUGUGAAAAAGUCGGUGUCUCGGGGGAAUUCGAACCCAGAACUGUGGGGGGAGGGCUUCUGUACCGCCAGCGCUCUAACCACCUGAGCUACGAGGUCCAGCCGGACGACGUGAGUUUACUCAUAUUUUGAUCAAGUUUACCCGCCCAACCUACUGCAACGUGACCCAGAUUCUGAUUCUGACCUAAAUUCAUCCGGCGGGGCCUCGUAGCUCAGGUGGUUAGAGCGUUGACUGUACUAAAUCUUUCACCUUACUGUCGUGAGUUCGAAUCCCACUGAGUCGCCGAGUCUUUCACAGUUAGGUCAAUAUGACUUAUAGUCUCAUCAAGAACAUGAAUGCUAAUUGGGAUGAUUUGUUUCGGUUAGUCAGUCAUUGUAAUAAUUACGCUGGAAGCAUUAUACUCUCUUCGGCCAACAAUGCUGCCUGCACUGUUGUACCCUCCGGUUGAACAGACUUCUCACUGAUAAGUUAUCAGUAGUGAAUUCAGUUCCUUUAUCACUAAGUCCAUUUUGAAAUUAAACAGACUUUAAUCCAUUUUAGUCGGAUGCUCAUAGGUCUAAGUCAACAGCGGCAUUAUGAUAAGGAGUUCUUGAUCGUGUCUCCAAAGGAUGAUGAUCUGAUUUAUCAUAUUCACAGGACAAAACAAGGAGCAAGGCACAUUAUGAAGACGAACUGCCCAUGGAGAUGCAUCAGCAUACGAGGAAGCAGGCGGGUCUUUCAAACCACAACACAUGGACACUGCGACCGCGUCCACCAAAACCACCAUCACCACAAGAGACGAUUUGUCCGACACGACUCUCGCUGAGUAACCGUAGUUUGCAACGUCGGCCUUCCCUCACGUCAGCAGUGGCACCAGCAACAGGACAACCAAACCGCCUGUCAGGUGGAAAGCGUCCUGAAGAUGACUCUAGUGUCUACCUAGACCCUUUGGUAGCAGCCAUCAGUCAGAGUUUGGAGAGGGAGGAACCAUGUGUCCAGGCGCGGAUUAGUCGAAAGUUGCGCCAAGUCAUGCAUGGCACGGACUACAUAGCUCAGCGGUUCCAGGACGUCAAAAUGGACAACGAUGUAAGUGUCUGUUGCACAAGACAAAGAACUCGGGUGCAUUUCUACUGCGGAGAGUUUCUCCUGCGGUCGAAUAGUUGA